CCUAGGGCGGGGCGGCCGGGGUCCGCUCGGCGCUCGGCCCGGCUCCCGGGCAGCCCCCUGCCUCCGCCGCGCCAUGUCCGCCGGCUGGUUCCGGCGCCGCUUCCUGCCCGGGGACCCGCUCCCCGCGCCGCGGCCGCCCGGGCCGCGCGCCAGCCCCGUGCCCUACCGGCGGCCCCGCUUCCUGCGCGGCUCGGGCUCCAGCCCCGGCCCCGCCGACGCCUCGCGACGCCCGGAUGCCCGGCCCGUGCGCAGCCCCGCGCGGGGCCGCUCGCUGCCCUGGAACGCAGGCUACGCCGAGAUCAUCAAUGCAGAGAAAUCUGAGUUCAAUGAGGAUCAAGCUGCCUGUGGGAAGCUGUGCAUCCGGCACAGUGAGUUUGGGGCUGAAGAUGAUCAAGAGUGGCUGACCUUGUGCCCCCAGGAGUUCCUGACGGGCCAUUACUGGGCACUCUUCGAUGGGCACGGCGGUCCUGCAGCAGCCAUCCUGGCUGCCAACACCCUGCAUUCCUGCCUGCGCCGGCAGCUGGAAGCUGUGGUAGAGGGCCUGGUGGCCACUCAGCCCCCCAUGCACCUCAGUGGCCGCUGCGUCUGCCCCAGUGACCCUCAGUUUGUGGAGGAAAAGGGCAUCAGGACAGAAGACUUGGUGAUCGGGGCUCUGGAGAGUGCCUUCCAGGAAUGUGAUGAGGUGAUCGGGCGGGAGCUGGAGGCAUCAGGCCAGGUGGGCGGCUGCACAGCCCUGGUGGCUGUGUCCCUGCAGGGAAAGCUGUAUGUGGCCAAUGCUGGGGAUAGCAGGGCCAUCCUCGUGCGGAGAGAUGAGGUACGGGUGCUGAGCUCUGAGUUCACCCCAGAGACUGAGCGGCAGCGAAUCCAGCAGCUGGUAGGUGUCUUUGGCAGGGGGAGACUGUGGAACCCUGCCCCAAUUCCUGUGUCCAGGGCCGCAAGAGGCCAUAGGAGGGAGCCUGGCCUCAGCACAGCCUCCCCACCCCAGGCCUUUGUCUACCCUGAGCUUCUGGCUGGUGAGUUUACCCGACUGGAGUUUCCUCGGCGGCUGAAAGGGGAUGACUUGGGGCAGAAGGUUUUGUUCAGGGAUCACCACAUGAGCGGCUGGAGCUACAAGCGUGUGGAGAAAGCAGAUCUCAAGUACCCACUGAUCCAUGGACAGGGUAGGCAGGCGCGGUUACUGGGAACACUGGCUGUCUCUCGGGGCCUGGGAGACCAUCAGCUCAGAGUCCUGGACACAAACAUCCAGCUCAAGCCCUUCUUGCUUUCUGUCCCACAGGUAACAGUGCUGGAUGUGGGCCAGCUGGAGCUGCAGGAGGAGGAUGUGGUUGUCAUGGCAACUGAUGGACUCUGGGAUGUCCUGUCCAAUGAGCAGGUGGCAUGGCUGGUACGGAGUUUCCUCCCUGGGAACCGAGAGGACCCACACAGGUUCUCGGAGCUGGCCAAAAUGCUGAUACACAGCACACAGAGGAAGGAUGGUCCCACGGGGGAAGGACAGGUGUCCUACGAUGACAUCUCUGUGUUCGUGAUUCCCUUGCACGGCCAGGGCCGAGGGAGCAGUGGCCACUAAGGAUUCAGACACUUUAUCCCAGAAACACUCCAGUGCCAGGUGCAGUCUGGGCACCCCUCCACUGUGGCCAAGAGCAGGUCUUGCCUGCCCUGUCCCCAGCCACAGCCCAGUGCUGUUGCCAUCCACUCAUUUCAAGGGGAACACAUACCAGGCAGUCAGAGCUGGAAGUGUGUGGACUGCCCAGCCCACCAAAUCCUGUUUGCAGUGAUAACAUCUCUGGCAGAGGCACUUUACAACUUAUGAAAACCAAGUGAGGCUCCUCAAACAAGAUCCUCAACAGCCCCAAGUAUUAUUCUCAGAUAGGGACGCCUGGGCUAAGGGUAUUAGCCAGAGAUGCCAGCAGGGGCAGCUAGCUGGGUUUGGAUCCAGGUCUCCAAUCCAUGGAUAUCAGGGCAUCCAUUCAGCAACCCCCAGCAUGGUGCCUUGUAGAAAGCUUUGGCCAACCUCACAUCGGCUGGAACAGCCAUCUUGAGCACAGCCCCUGAGAAGAGACCAGCUCAGGUCCUGCCCUGGUCUCCUCUUCCAUUGGAGGUGAGACACAGGGCCUGGGGCUAAAGUUGUGGGAGAUCAAAUGGGGCAAGAGAGGCUCCCGAAUUGGUUGGGUGAGUGCUCUCCAGUUGCUUGCUACCUGUAGCUUGGCCCUCACCCUGCCUUAGUCUGAUACCUCAGUGAUGCCUUUGCUUUGUUUCCCAUCACCUCCCUGUUAUUAAAUGUUUGUGUGCAGAAGA